AUGCUCCUCAGCGACCGGGAGUCCUACAUGGUCAGCGACGCCGCCAGUCUAAAGUCCCUACUGGUGAAGGUUAACAGAAUCCUGUCUCGACUAAAGAAGGAAAAAGUCCUCACCGUCAAAGAAUGGCAAAGCCCACAGAAAAACCGAUGGCGAGAUUCUAAGGUCCCCCCAAAAGUACAAAAGUCAGAUGUUCCCCUCCGACCAAUCGUCUCACUCCGAGGCACAUCCACGUACGGGCUCGCAAAUUGGCUGUUUCAGAAGCUAAGAUUCCUAACCGCGGGCUCAGAAACAACCGUAAACUCAGCAGAGCAAUUCCUCGACAAAAUAACGGCGGUCACGAUCGAACCGAGUGAGAAGAUGGUGUCAUUUGACGUCGUCUCACUCUUCACGUCCAUACCACAGGCCCUUACGGUCGAUACGCUCAGUGACCUGCUACGUCAGAAUUACGACGAGGGCGAUGGUCAGCCCACGGCUCAGGAUCUCAUUGAACUCAUAAGGCACUGCCUUAAGACAUUUUUUACCUUCGACGGAUCACUUAUGAGCAAAUUAAGGGCACUCCGAUGGGUUCGCCAAUCUCCGGAUUCAUUGCCGAGGCCGUUCUGCAAAAAACACGAGAAACGACUGUUCGGGGAAUACAAACCCAAGUUUUGGGCGCGCUACGUUGAUAAUACCUUCGUAAUCAUCGAUCAGGAUAAAAUUAGCUACUAUGAAGAACUAUUGAACUCAAUUGUCCCCGACCUACAGUUCACGAUGGAAGAAGAAGUGGAGAGCAAACUUUCAUUUUUGGAUGUUCUCGUCUGCCGCCAACCAGACGGUAAACUGGCGACGUCAGUCUACAGAAAACCGACGAACACGCUGCAAAUGUUCAGUUACAACAGCAACCACCCCCUGCAACACAAACGAAGCUGUGUACGCACGCUAUACCGACGGGUGGAAACUCAUUGCAGCACUCCAGUCGCCAAACCGGACGAGAUGAAGCUCCUCCAAGAACUCUUCAGAGUCAACGGCUAUCCACGAGCAUUCUUUAAGGGGGGCCGAAGGCAACCAAGGAAGCGGAAUGAAGAACCUAUUCAGCCACAAUCGUGGUGGAGCAUUCUAUACAUGAAAGGGGUCUCCGAAGCCGUAGCCAGAUCCCUUGCGCCGCUCGGAAUAGGCGUUGCGCACAGGCCCGACUCAACAAUCCGUCGGCAAGUGAUGCUGCCAAAAGACCUGACCCCAAAACAGGAGAUGUCGGCUGUUGUCUACCGACUUCAGUGCAGCUGCGGAAUGUAUAACUACGUUGGGGAAACCGGCCGACGGCUGCAAACGCGCAUGCACGGGCAUAAGUUAGCCGUGCGAAGGUUGGACCCGAAGUCGGAGGUAGCAACCCCUGCCGCCCAAAUGGGACACGUCUUAAACUUUGACGCCGUUGAAAUUGUGGGCCGAGGUGAUGAUCAUACGGCAAGGCAGGUGCAGGAAGCCUGGAUGUCUACCGACUGUUCUGUCAACCGCCACAUCAAUUUACCUCCACCUUAUCUGGUUUUACGGACAUUCUUGACGGGGGACAGUCACGGCGAGCGACAAUCGGGGUCGCCAACUAUCUCCGCGGCCGACGAGGACGGGGGCGAUUCAGGUCACGGUGACAUGCGGGUCGGAUGCAGCCACACAGGCGGCAUUGGUGGGCCAGGCAUCAAACAAAGUGCGCCAUAA